AGCCAACCUCUGAGCCUUUCCGCGUCUCCUUCUUCUUCCUCAGCUUCUCCUCCGCCAUCACCGAAAGUCCAAAACCACACGCAUCCCAAAAGCGAGCACCCAAAGAAACCAAAACUAAAUUCACCCAAGCAAUCGAUCUCCCUUCCUCGCCGCCCGCCAUGACCAUCAAGACGCUCAAGGCGCGCAUCCUGCAGGCGCUCCGGUCCUCCCUCCCCGCCCCCGCCGCCGGCGCGGACCAAUCGCCGCCGGCGUCGCCCACCAAGCCCGGCCGCGCCUCCGACGACGCGUCCUUCUUCGACGCCCACGAGAACCCCGCCAAGAUCCUCCUCGCCGACGCCGACGACGCCGACCCCAUCGACGACGAUUGGGAGCUGGUGGAAGAAGAAGAUCCGGACGCUAAUGAGAAAUCCCCUGCUUCUUCUUCGCGGCCCGAGCCCGAGCUCGACCCGCUCCGCGAGUUCCCGGCCCGGUGCCCGCCGGGCGGCGAGGGGGCGGUGGUGCUGUACACGACGACGCUCCGGGGCGUGCGCAAGACGUUCGAGGACUGCAACGAGGUGCGCGCGCUGCUGGAGAACCUGGCGGUGCCCUUCCAGGAGCGGGACGUGUCAAUGGACAGGGGCCUCCGGGAGCAGCUCUGGGCCGCCGCGGGGGCGAGGGAGAGGCCCGUGGUCCCGCCGCGGCUCUUCGUGCGCGGCCGCGACCUCGGCGGCGCCGUCCAGGUGCUCGCGCUCCACGACGACGGCCGCCUCCUCUCCCUCCUCCAGCACCCCUUGUCGGCGGCGGCGAGCAGGAAGACGAGGGCCAAGACGAAGAAGGGCAAGUGCGAGGCGUGCGGGGGCGUGGGGUUCGUGGUCUGCGGCGAGUGCGACGGCAGCCGCAAGGUGUUCGACGGCGGGCCUGGCCGGUGUGGCGGAUGCAACGAGAACGGGCUCGUCAUGUGCGCGCUUUGCUUGUACCCCAGCUGAAGUAAAAACAAAGGGUGAUUAAUAACCAGCGUUAAUUCAUUGCCAAUUACCUGCCCCCCUUUUUUAACCCACCCUUCCCUUUUACUUUUGUUAAUCACUCUUCUUACUGUUUAAGUUUGUGUGUGGGAGAUUGGACUUGGACAAUUCAGUGGUUGGCAUGUCAUGUACAUAAUGUGCUAGUAAUAUCACUGUAAAUACAUAUUUAUAAGUUAUGUUCUUCAAUCUUCAACUACA